UCAGAAAUAUUGUUUUUACGUUUUGCUUUACUGUUUUUGAUCACGUUACCGUUAAAUUUUGAACCACAAGUAGCUCUGAUUGGCUCAAAAUUUGUUUCGUUCUUGUUUGUUGAAAACCCUAUAAUUGUUUAUGAUUUCAUCUGUGGUUUUUUUAAUUCGUUUUUUUAUCUGAUUAGUAAAUUUUAAGACCUGGGUUUGUCUGUAUGUGUGUUGGCGAUGCCGGGUUUGGAGAAUUUUGUUCAAUAGAUUUUGGGUUUUGGAGAUGAUGUGUAGAAGGAGAUGACAGAAUUGCAAGUAGACGAGUGUUGCCUUGAGAACAAACGAUUAACAAUCGCUUCAAGCUCUUCUGUAUCUGAAGGUAGUGGCAGUGCUUUUCUAAAGUACCCUGGAGUAUCUAGCCCUGCAACUACAUCACUGACUCAUAGGAGGGCCACAGGACCGAUUAGGCGAGCUAAAGGAGGUUGGACACUAGAGGAGGAUGAGACAUUAAGAAAUACUGUAGCAACUUUUAAAGGGAAGAGUUGGAAGAAAAUUGCUGAGUAUUUUCCUGAUAGAUCAGAAGUACAAUGUCUGCAUCGAUGGCAGAAAGUUCUCAAUCCAGACCUUGUUAAAGGACCUUGGACUCAGGAGGAGGAUGAUAAAAUAAUUGAACUAGUGUCAAGAUAUGGGCCCACAAAAUGGUCUGUCAUUGCAAAGUCUUUACCUGGUCGUAUAGGAAAACAAUGUCGAGAGAGGUGGCACAAUCAUUUAAAUCCUGAUAUAAAGAAGGAUGCCUGGACUCUAGAGGAGGAAUUAGCACUAAUGAAUGCCCACAGGAGAUAUGGGAACAAAUGGGCUGAAAUUGCCAAGGUUUUACCUGGAAGGACUGAUAAUUCAAUAAAGAAUCACUGGAAUAGUUCCCUGAAGAAAAAGUUGGAUUUCUAUUUGGCAACUGGGAAACUUCUUCCUGUUGCAAAGAAUGGUCUCCAAAAUGGCUCCAAAGAUACAAAACAAAUUACUGCUGGUACUAAACAUUAUCUUAUUUAUUCAACUAGGGACUCAGAUUCAACUGCCCAAACUUCAUCAGAAAGUAGAGACUUAGGCAAGCUGAAUGAAGAUGGCAAGGAUCAAGUGGAGUCCUCAACUCUAGUUCUAGAUAUGGCUGCUUCAUCAAGGGUUCGUCCAAGUGAUUCUCUCAAUUCUGAUUUUGUUGAAUGUAAGCCACAGUCAGCUAAGAUAGAUCUUAGCUGCUCGGAAUCUAUGCCAAAGCUUGAGAAUUGUGCAAUCAAUUCUGAACUUGUUGACAACCAAGUAAUUGGGUCACAACAGCAAUUUGGAACUCCAACCUAUGGUUCUUUGUGCUAUGUUCCAUUAUAUUCAGAUCCUUUAAACAAAUGUCUUCUGCAGCAUGAGUGCAACUCUACUCCCAUUACUUCACCGAUUAGCUACUUCAGUCCACCUUGUGUGAAGGGCAGUGGUUUAAGUGCUAGAAGUCCUGAAUCUAUAUUGAAAAUUGCUUCUGAGACUUUCCCGUAUACUCCUCCUAUUUUAAGAAAGAGAAAGUCAGAAGGUCAAGCUUCAUCUGAUACUAAAAUAAUGGGAAAAGUAGAUGGGGAGACAACAGAUACAAGUACUCCUAUUGAGUCUACUGGAAAGGCUUUCAAUGCAUCUCCUCUAUAUCGGUUAAGAUCCAAACGCACUGCUGUUUUCAAGUCUGUGGAAAGACAACUUGAAUUCACUUUCAACAAGGGGAAGCGUCAUGAUAAUACCAAAUCUAGGGAAUUGUCUGUGAAUGCAAGUUGUCCUAUUACCGAAGAUUUGCACACAACAAAACUCAGGUGACCUAGGGCAUAACCUGAAUAAAUGAAGAUACUUGAAAUUUGCAAAUGAGAACAGAAUUUGUUUCUGCAAAUGUUCAAUAGUGAUGAAGCACAAAACUUUUUCUAAUAUGCUUAGAAUGUUGCACUUUCACUGACUCUGCCUGAUCAUACUGGAGAGACUCAUACACUUGUUUAUUCACUGGUAUUAGGCAUCUUAUUUCUGUAGAAUAAGAAGUUAUGGGACCCAAUAAUUUGUGAAGAAUACUGAUGGUAACAGUUAGUGUACAGAAUCACCCCUCAGGACAAAAAUGUGCUUAUAAGUUCUUCCUCCAGUAUGCACAGAUAGAUCAUGUAGCAUUUUUUAUGUGACUUUCAUAUUUUGUAGCAUUAUUUAUGUGACUUCAUUUCAAGCAGUCUAGGUUUUGCGUGUUGUUAUCGACA